CUAAAGGCAUACAGAGCUUUUCAAAGAUGGAUGAAUCGCUUUUAAACAUAUACACGGGGGCUAUUCCAGGCACAUCAUGGCAAAUUCGACUGGAAGCCCAGGGCUCCAGGGACUACAGCAGACGGUUUUCCCCGAGAACACAGAACACCAAACGCCUGCCACCAUCCGGUCAAAGCAGCCUGAGGAAAAGGGCCAAAAGAAGAGAAAAGAGAAAAGAACAGACAGCAGUGCCCCAAAGAGGCGCAAGAAGAAUGACACCAGUAGAAAAAAAAAAUGGAUCGCUGGACGUCUGUGCGGGGGCAAAUAAUAAACAAAGCCCCCUUUCCGCACCCCCUCGCAUUCCUCUAAGAGACCUGAUGGAGGCUGAGACAAAGUUAGUGUUCGGUGACGAACAGGACAUUACCCACAAGUCCCUGGCCUGCACCGCCACACAAUUAAUGUGUCAAGCGGCUGAAAUAGGAGGGCCUCCGAGUGGACCUAAUCUCAGCUUUCUGCCUCAAAUUGACAAAUGGCUCGAUGUAGCUUUACAGGACGCCGACUCGUACUACCAACUGAAGAAUUAUGCCACUGCAGCCAGCCGUUUCACUGCUGCACUAGAGGUACUUGAUAUUUAAAUUUUACCACAGGCUUCCCGACCUACAGGCCUUCAUAUGUUCAUUUAACACACUGAAAAUUCUGGAAAAUUUACAUGAACUGUUAUGGGAACCUAAGGUGUUUGGAAGUCUUGUUUGCUGUAUGGAUCUGCUUGGAUGUUCGGGUUAAUUGCAAACAUAAUCUUACAGGGAUACUUCACCUCUGGGAAGAUGAAUGAGUAUUUCAUGUUGGUCAUUUAUAUAAUAGAAAUGUGAAAUUAUUUUUGAAAUUGAAGCAUUCUAGACUGAGAAAAGGCAGAAAAUGUAUAUUUUACUCAUGUGACUGAAAGACAACAACUCCCAGAAUGCACUUGCUUUGCUGCCCUUUACGAGGCCACUCCCAAACCACGCCUACCGUUUACAGAUGGCAGAAUCCAAAAAUAGAUAAAUCUAGGCUUGCUUUGAUACUUUGUGAGAAAUUUGAUAAAUUUCCAUCGAAAUGGUAGUAAAUUUCGUUGUACUGGGAUGUAUAACCUAAUGUAUACAACACAACAAGGCAGGACAAUGUCAACAGAGUAGCUUAGUAGCUCUGCAUAUGAACUGUUUUCCUUCAA